AUGCCGCCAAAGAUGAUGAAGGGCAAGAAGCACAUCGUCGGCGAGGUCCGGGCGAAGAGGAUGCUCAGCAUCAGAGCCAAGGACGAUGCUGGUGUUGCCGCUAUGAGACAGGCUCUGCUCAGGCUGGAUCGGAGUGAAGACGGCAGAGUGAAGACGGGAAGCUCACUCGAUGCCGGUCACAAGUUUGAAGCCGACGACGUUGACGGUGAAGGACCGAAUGCGCGUGGUACCUACUCCAAGGCGUACACACUUCAGCAUCCGGAGAUCAAAUGGGUGCAUCGGGGUCAAGGACGAUACUUGCCUUUACCCGCAGCCAAAGCGUUGACUCAGACUCCAUCAUCACAGCCACAACAGCGAGAAUCCCGAUCGAAAGAUUUCUCAGCAGCAAAAGCAAACAUGGUCACCCCCCAACAGUCCCGAUCGCUGCGCAAGCGCCGUUCGUCAUUCACUGCCGAAGAGCAGCAGCCUCAGGAUCGAACCUCUUCACUUCGCCGCCGCGUGAUCGACGCACAGACCAACACCGAGCCCAAUAUGUCCUCCGCCCGCCAAUCACGCCGUGCCAAGCUGAGCGGGAGCGCACUUGCGACUGACCUCGACCGACGUUCUUCACGCAAUUCUAAUCUCAACCUCGUCGACUACGACGAAAACAACAGUAACGAAGAACCGGACAGCGACAACGAGAUGGCGAACGACGACGAGAACCCGACUUUCGACAGGGCGUAUGUCGACAGCCACCCCGGCGAGCGCUUUUACCAUACUGGCAACGGAUGGUAUAAGCGUGGUCGCCGCCCGCCGAUGAAGAACCCGAAGAAGCGCGAGACUGAAGGUCAUGCUACGAAGCGCCUGCCGGAUGGUUCGUAUGCUUUCAACAGGAACACUACGAUUCACGUCAGCCAACUUGAAUUGUAUCCGGGGGUGGAAUUUCACCAUCGUGGGAAUGGGUGGUACCGAGCUGGCGCGGACGCUACUGGGCUGCGCGCGAGUCGUUUUGGUGGGCCGCCUGAUGAGGGGUUGAAGGAGGAACCUGAUGAUGAUGACGAUGAUGGUGAUGAGGUCCCGGAUGAGGAUAGAGAUCUAAGCGAUUCGGAAGAUGAGAAGGAGAUGGUGACCGUGAGCAAAGCCUACGCUAAGAAUCACCCUGAGGUCGAAUGGGUGCAUCGUGGCAAAGGGCGCUACAUGCGCAAGACUCUUGCAGAGAGCCUGAAGUCCGCCACUCCUGGUUCUGCUUCCAUCGAGCCCGAGCGCGACCAGACGAUCUACAGCAAGACGUAUGUGCUGUCGCAUCCGAGGGAGGAGUUCCACCACCGCGGCAAUGCGAAGUACAUGCGCGGCCCGCCGCCGGAGAAGUGGGCGGUCAACCGGAAGAAGAAGAUUUCGGAGGCAGUGGCUGCGGCGGAGGUUGAGGAGAAUGAUGGACAGCUUUUCAGCAAAGCUUUCGUUGAUGCUCAUCCGGAGUUGGAGUUCCAUCAUCGUGGGCAGGGUCGCUAUGCUAGAGGGCCUAGGAGGGCUUCUACUGCUGUGCGUGAGGAUGAAGGGGAGGAGGAAGAGGUUGAAGAUGAGGAGGAGGAGGAGGAGGAAGAGGAAGAAGCGCCGGAUGGCUUGGUCGAUACUGACUACGUCACUGCUCACCCCCAUGAGACCUUCCACCACCGCGGGCAGGGACGGUGGGCAAGGGGUCUGCCGCCUCCUGGAUCGUCACGCAAGACUGCCAUCCGCGGACCCGGGCGUGAAAAGUCUUAUGGUGGAGAGCAAGACGAAGAGCAGGAGCAGGAAGAGGAAGAGGUUGAACAGGAGCCCGAAGGACUUCCGGACCUCGCUGCGCUUGUACCUAAGGCUGACGGACCAGACAAGUUUCCCGACGCCAAGUUCCACUAUCGUGGUGGUGGCAAGUGGAGCAGGAUCACGAAGGCGGAGUUUGAGGACCUGCAGAUGGCCAACAUGAACGCUAGCAAGAAGACCGCUCACAAUCCGCGGGUCAGUCGUAAGAGUGGUCCUGAGGCGCAGCUGGAGCGUGAGGCCGCUGCUGCCCGUGCGAUGGAGUAUCUUGCGGAGGAGGAUGAGGAGGCGGGUGGGAAGGCGAAGGGCAAGAGGAAGAGAGUUACCAAGCGUGGGUCGUACAUUACUCAGGAGGAUGGGAAUGGCACGAAAGCUUCAUCGAAUGGACAGAGCAAGGCACCGACGCCUAAGCCGCGCAUGCUGGAGCCGGAGGAGGACAUUCUUACUGAAGAGGAUCUGCCACAGCUCUACCGCGACGACUGGUCACCACCGUCCGAGUACAUUGCUGAUCCCACUGAACGUCUGGGUCGAAGUAUGAGGCCGCUCACGAACCCAGACAAGUUCGUCAAGUCGCUUACAAAGUUCGACCCAGCCUCCCGCUCGCUCGACAACCUCAAGACCCUCGCAGCCAACACCCAGCAAGCGCUCGACCAGAUCCAACAAGAGUAUCUCGACCUCGACAAGAUCACCGCACCCCACGCCCGCAUCCCCCGCAAACUCGCCAAAGGCGGCCGCGCCCCCAUCGACCCCCAAAUCUUCGAAGACCGCAAAGAAGCCGACCUCUACGACUACGCCUACGACCCGCGCCGCCUCGGUUUCCAGGACCCCGCGGCCCAGAAGAUCCAGCGCGACGCCGAAGGUCGCGAACUGCGGAACCGUCGUCAGCGCGCGGGCGCUCUCAACGGCACGAUUCCUGGAUGGAAUUUUGGAGAGGAGGAGAUUACUGCUGGCCGGAGAGCGGUUAAGCCUGUGAACCGCUUUGAUGGGAUUGUAGAGGCGCCGAGGAAGAGGCAGAGGAUGUCCGCUACGGCUGCGACGAGCAAAGCGCCGUCGAUGACGCCUGAUCGCGGCGUUACCCCGUUGGGUGGCCCGCUGCGCACGGCUCUCGGCGUUGGUGCGAGGGGUAGGGGGUUGGUUAUGGGGAAUGUUCCGAAGAGGAUCCAGGAGUUGCGAGGGGUUGGUGAGGUUGGGCGUGGGGUUAGUGAGGGGGGAAGGGAGGGGAGGGAGGGGAGUGUAGGCGCGAGGAAGGGGAGGCCGCCGGGGAGUAAGAAUUUGUUUCGGCGGAGGGAUGCGGGGAUUAAGAAGGGGCCGCGGAAGGGGAAGGGGAGUGCGGGGAGUGGGGUUGACGGGGAGGGGGAGGGGGGAACGUGA